AUGUCAAAAGUCUUUGAGGAUCUUAAAAAGAGGAAUCUCAUUAAACCCUUAGACCUGAAACCUUUACCACCCAAAGUGUCACCAAGUUUCAAUCCAAACUUGAAAUGUUUGUACCACCAACAAAUCGGACAUGACACAAACACCUGUUACAAGCUUCGAGACGCCUUACAGGAUCUCAUCAAUUCUGGCAAGAUUCCUAACCCCGAUGACCCAAACAGACCUUCAACUAGACACAAUCCUUUGCCCAACCACCAAAAUAACAAUAAUGGAAAUCAUCAGGCUGUGCCGGGCAUUUAUAUGCUCUCAACUGAUGUCACGAACGAGAAGACCAUCUUAAGCUCCAUUAGAGUCACACCAUAUAAACCCCUUCCGAUGUCCGUAAUUGGUCGGGAUGAAGCAUAUGAGGCUUUUAAAAGGAGGUGGUGCUCUCCAAACAAGGACCAACAUGGAAAGAAGCCAUCUUUUCAAAUUAUGAAAGAUGAUCAAAAUCUAGUUGUUAACAUGGUUAGAGGAACACCUGAUUCUGGAUAUCUUGUACCUUUUGAUUUUUGGGAAACUGGCCGCUUCUAUAACGAAGAAAAAGAGCUUGCGGGAGAUACAACAAAAGAGUCUGAGGAAGAUUCAGUGUUGAGACAACUAAGACACACUAAAGAAAAUGCUACUGUAUGGGAUUUGUUGGUCGCGUCUAAGACUCAAAGAGAUGCAAUGUUCGAAGCACUUGCAAGUAUGAAGAUAGAUGUCAACUCUACUCUGCAAGACAUGGUCCACUUAGUAAAAGAAAGCAAAGAUGUAACCUUUUCUGAUAAAGACCUUACAUCUGAAGAUAGAAAUCACACUCGAGCUUUGCACAUUCAAGUGGAAACAAAAGGGAGAAUCGUUCCUAGAGUCAUGGUGGAUGAUAGUUCAGCAUUAAAUGUAUGUCCAUUGAAAGUACUACCAAAGUUGGGAAUGACCAAAGAUGACUUACAGAAAACGGAGUUAAUCAUAAGGGGAUAUGAUGAGUCUAGGAGACAAGUAGAAGGAACCUUCAAGACAAUCAUUAAAGUAAGACCCAUUGAAUCUGUAGUGGAGUUUAUGGUGGUGGAUAUACCAAUCAGCUACGCAUUAUUGCUAGGGCGACCAUGGUUUCAUGCUCUGGGAGGGAUUCCUUCCACCCUUCAUCAGAAAAUUAAAUUUCCAUUUAAUGAUGAAGUUAUUACCAUCUCGGCUGAGGAAGAUACAGUAUGCUCGAAAGUGGAUUUAGGAGCAGAAAUCCCUCCAAUCACUGGUUUUAAUUUGGUUGGUGGGAUAUAUGAAGACUAUAUGGACCCACAAGUUGCCAUGAUGAUGAAGAAUAUAAAAUUCUUCCCUGGCCUUGGAUUAGGCAAGAAUCAGCAAGGCAUUCCCACAAUUCCUGAUUUUUGA